AUGGAUUGGGAUGAACCUGAAAUUGAGGUGCCUAAAGGAGAUAAUGUUGUAUUAUUUUCUAGGGAUAAAAUACAACAGCUUCGUAAACCUUGGAGUUUAACCUUAAUGGGUAAAUGUCUGGGAAUUUCUAUUAGACCAUCAUUUAUGACUCAGAAGAUUCGUUCUUUGUCGAAACCAAAAGGCGCAGUGGAAGUUAUUGAUUUGGGAAAAGGGGUUUACUUAUAUCGUUUUAGUCUUCAAGAUGAUUAUGAGAAAGCUUUGUUUGGUGGGCCUUGGUAUGUUCUAUAUCAUUAUCUUAUGAUAAACCGUUGGCAACCAAAUUUCAGACCAACGGAAAAUCAUUUUGAUAAGUUAGCUGUAUGGGUUCAUUUCCCAGAAUUGCCAGUGGAAUAUUAUGAUAAAGAAGCUCUUUAUUUGAUUGCUAGCAAGGUGGGGAAGCCAAUACGCGUAGAUUAUGCAACAAAUAACUUAUCAAGGGCCCGAUAUGCGCGCGUCUAUGUUGAAAUUGACCUGGAUCAUCCAAUCUUAACUAAAGUUUGGGUUGGAAACUGUUGGCAGACUGUAUUGUAUGAAAAUUUACAUUUGCUAUGUUUUCAUUGUGGUUGUAUUGGUCACCAGAAGACUCAAUGUUCUGAAUGGAAGGAAGAAAACAAAAUGGAGCAGGGUGGAGCAGCUGAGUUGCAAGAUGGUGUCGAUACAGAUGGCAUGAAUAACAAGCAAGUGUCACUUGGGAAUGUGACACAUGGUAUUCAUCUAGCAGAACCAAUUCUCACAGUUGGCAAGGAUAUUGAUGCGUCCAAUGGCUUAAUUGAUAAAGGGUGUAGUGAUAACUUAUCAGGUAGUUAUGGGCCUUGGACUACAGUGCUUCAUUAA